UUGAGGCUGUCGGUGUCGACGUCACCCGUGGCAAGACGGACUCAAGUUUCGCCCUUGCACUCCAUUCCGCCGAGGUUUCGCGAUGAGGAGAGCGCGAGCAGCAGUGAUGACGACAACGACGCGGUUGAUACCAACCUAGAAGAGGAUCUACUCGUGGAGAUCCGAACGCUGGUGAAGAAGGAAAAGUACCUGGAGCAGCUAGAAAAUGAGCUGCGAGAGUAUGGAGAAGGCAGUGAGAGCGAGAUCUAUUCGCUGCGCGAAGCCUUGGAUCAAGAUGAGGACGAAAUGCCUCUGCGGCGAGCCACACCCGAAAGCCGACAUGGGGAUAGCUCAACCACUACGGAGAGGAGGUCGCUGCCAACCCGAGCAUGCGUGAACAACGCGAUUAUUGCGAAGGAGCACUUCCGCGCUUGCUUCGUGGAGGUGAACCCCGUUCAGCUCCGAGGAAUUCGGACGCUGAUUCUCUCGAGUCAAGACCUACAAAUCCACCACUUGCGGGCACUGAGCAAGAAUCUCUUCCUAUUCAGCAGCCUGAAAUCUGUAGAUUUGUCCGACAACCAGCUCGACGAUUCCGGUAGCAAAGAGAUCCGUACCCGGCACUUGGCCGAGCAACUCCAGCAGGGAGGAAAGCACAGCAGCCUCCUAUCCCUUGGUCUCUGCUACGCUGAAGUCUCGCGUCGAGUGGUGCUCAACACGGUCAAGAUGGCUAACCGGCUGACAGCGUUGGAUCUGUCGUUCGCGUUCAUUGGAAUCCCCGGAGCACAAGUGGUCGCUGCGGCGCUGAGAAUUGAGAGCUUCGCUACGCUGACGCAGCUCAAUAUGCGGUGCAAUCGCACCAAAUCCAUGGGCGCGCAGGCGAUCUUGGCGGCCCUGCACAAGAACGAGCGGUUGACUUUCCUAGACUUGAGUCACAACGAAAUCCGCAGCGAGGCCGUUGACGUGCUUGUGGAGCUUUUAGAGCACAACAAUGUGCUUAGUCGACUUGAUCUCUCGGAGAACGACCUCAUUGGCGAACAGAGGGACGGAGAGCUACACUCGUUGUGUGAUGCAAUUGUUGGGCAUGGGGCUUUGCUGAGCUUGGGGCAACUGAACAGCUUGGGUGCGAAUGAAGACCAGCAACGUGUGCUACAAGACGGUUUGGAUCGAAAUCGUAUCGCCGAUGAUCAUAAGGUUCUCGAGUCGAUCAAUGCUGUGACUGCUUCAAGACCUACAGACGAAUCUGCACCGCCGAGGAAACGACACGUGCUUAGUACGAUGGUUGAGUUAAACGAAGCGGAAACUUUGACGACGGUGUGGCAACGCAAGAUAACGAGAAGUGGCCGAGUGAGCUUGAAGUGGAGGAUGGCAGUGAGACGGAAGCUACGAACGCUAAGCUCACCACCACUUGAGUGGAAACUCGUAGUGGACCGCAAGUGCGAGGCACGUGGAUCUGUUGAAGACGAAGCAGCUACGGCGCAGUUUUUCCACGAUGAAGAAGUAGCGUAUUGCGACAGGGACGACACGAUAUCUCUCAAGCUAGGUGUUGAGGACGAAGCAAGUGAAUGCGCAGCCAAGCAGCAGUACAAGGUCUUCAUCAAGGACAUUGCAUUUAUCCCGCAUCAUAGGGUCUACAUCCACACCAGCGGGGUCUUCCGUCUGCUGUGUCGUGUUCAAUACCCCGCAAGCUUCACGCGCAGCAACCAAGACACGCUGAAGUCACGCUACUGGUGGCAGCUCCAGCGCUCGAGCUGCUGGGACCCACACACGAACCACAUCGUGCUCGAAGGGACCUACUUCGACUUGUAUGGAGCGCUUCGUGACAACCGCGAAGUUGUUUUCUACCUGCCACCCAUGGAGUGGAUGGCCGGCGAGUAUCUGCAGCUCUCCGUCACGACGCCAAGCGACGACGUGGUGCUGCGACUCGUCCAGUUCCAGCUCUUCCACGAGGUAACCUCA